CACCAUGUCCGACACAAUCACAGUCACCGCGUCGGCCCUCGAGGCCAGAGGCGAGCCCACGCUCCGCCCCUCGGCGGACAUUGAGCUCAUGACCGUCCCCAGCGUGCUGGGGCGCGAGUCGGGCGAGAGAGACCCGCUCCUCCUUCGGGACAAGAUCAUGUCGGACGCCGAGCUCGACAAGCUGCGUACCAGACGCACCAAGAACACCAAGCUCGCCGCCUUCUACGAGGCGCAGAACGAGCACAUUGGGAACCUCCUCAAGCCGCUCGCUGUGCACACGACCGACGCGGAGCAGGAGGAAAAGGACAUGGCGCUCAAGGUCAAGAUUGCCAUCAAUGUGUCGUUUGCCGCCAACAUUAUCCUCGCCGGCGUGCAGCUCUACGCGGCCAUCAGCUCGCUGUCGCUUUCUCUGUUCGCGUCGUGUAUUGACGCUGUCGACCCGUUCGCCAACCUCCUCCUGUACCUCUCGCACCGCUUUUCGUCUCGCGUCGACGAGCGGAAAUGGCCCGCCCAUGGCUCGCGAUUUGAGACGAGUGAGCCGAUGCAGGGCCCUGCCAAGCUCGGUCGGCCGAGCCAAGCUUUCGCUAACGACACAGUCGGGAACAUUGUCUAUGCGUUCAUCAUGGGUUCUGUGAACCUGGUGCUUAUUGUCAUGUCCAUCCAGGAACUUGCCACGCACAAGGGCGGCGAUGAGACCAAGACGUUCCACCUGAUCCCUCUGAUCUGCGUGUGUAUUUCGUGGGCCGUCAAGUUCUCCCUCUUCCUCUACUGCUACGCCAUCCGCAAGUCGUCGUCGCAGGUACAGGUGCUAUGGGAAGACCACCGCAAUGACAUCUUCGUCAACGGCUUCUCCAUCCUCACCAACGCCGGUGGUGCCAAGCUCCGCUGGUUCAUUGACCCGAUCGGCGCCACCAUCAUCGCGCUGGUCAUCAUGGGCGUGUGGACGCGGACGGCUUAUGAGCAGUUCACCCACCUCGCGGGCAUCACUGCGCCCACCGAGUAUGUCAACAUGGUGACCUACAAGGCCAUGACCUUCUCCGAGGACAUCAAGAACGUUGACACUGUCCGCGUGUACCACUCUGGACCCGACUACGUCGUCGAGGUGGACAUUGUUCUCGACCCCGAGAUGCCCCUGUGGAAGGCGCACGACAUCGCGCAGGAUCUGCAGGACCAGAUCGAGGCGUUGCCCAACGUCGACCGCUGCUUUGUGCACGUCGACCACGAGGUGUCGCACAAGCCAGAGCACCGCAAAACCAAGUAAACAAACCAAAACCGGCAGUCGUAGCCGGACCAGGCGGAUAUUUUAUAGACUCAGUGACUCCGCGCGUGGCCGUGCGCGCGCGAGGGGCACGCAAACGUGCUUGAUUUCUGCAUUCACAA